AUGAAACAACCGAUUACUAACUAUGUUAAAUCAUCUGAUCAAUGUUGGAAAUAUAAUGUCACUCGUCUACAGAUACCAUCAUCUCUCAAUGGUAAUCGAAAUGUUUUAGUUCUUACUGAUCGACUAGCUGAUUAUGUUCUUGCUCAAGCAUCACGUAAUAAUAUUGCACACGACACAUCACGCAUUAUCAUGGAAGAAGUUAUUCUUGUUCGUGGUCCUCCUGAUACAAUUAUUACUGAUUGA